CUGGUGCCGCGGAGCCGGGGAAAGGGGGGCGGAGGCUCCGUAGAAAUAUGUCGGUGACAUUGAAUGGGGAGACCGAGCGGGAGCGAGGCGCGCGCGCGCACACACGGCCCGGCUCGCUCCGAGAUCCCCGGCCACGUAAGUAACUAUUAAUACCGCCUCGCCGAGAGAUGCGGGCGUGCUGAGCUCGGGGAUUGGCCUCGGGCACCGUCGGCCGUCCCCUUCAAUUUUAAAUACACAUUCCUCUUACCUCCGAGUGGGGGAAGAAAAAAAAUAUAAGAAGAAGAAGAAACGCCGUCAAUCUUCUCCAAAACAACCCCCGCCUGGCAAUUUGGGUUUAGGGUAGGGGGAGACGGAGUGGUUGCAAAUUAUUCCUAGGCAAGAUCCAGUUAUCGAGCGAGAAAGGAACGGCGCGGGUUGACUCGCUGGGGGUGCAGUCCCUUCCAGCGCCGGGAGGACCCCCCGGAAGCUUGCGCCGGGGAAAUCGGAGACCAUUGAUCUACCCUCGUCCCUGCGCGCACUUCUCUCUAUUCGGAGGACAAUCUGGAGCGCGAGCGAGCGGCGACGGCAUGAGCCCCUGCUGACCUCCGCCCGGAGGGCCAAGCCCUGGGCUUUGUCGCGGUACCUGCGCCCGGCCCGCAACUCCGUGCCCAGCUUUUGCAGUCUUUUGUUGGCAGCGCUGACCACUCUAAGUUAAAUGCUCCCUUGCUAUUUUUUUUUUUUGGCCUGUUUGUUUAAAUUUUGGAGAGCUCUUGCGAUCUUGGAAAAGCCUCAGACGCCAUCUACAGUUUAAACGUAGGUAAUUACUUUCUCCGGCACCCCCCCUUCCACGCCCCCCACCCUUUCCACCAAAAAAGGGGGUGCAGCGCGGAUUCUGUCUGCGGUGCGGCGCGAGCCGGUACCCGUGCUUAUUUCCUUUUUCUUUUUGUUCGGUUUCUAACGCGCUGAGACCAGGCAGCCGCCGUGCGCUCCCCGGAGACUGCACACAAACUACAGCAGGGCUCCUUCGCCCCGUCUGCGAUUGGGAAACCUGCGUGGGGAUCGCUUCGGGAGACCCGGCGCUGCAGCUCCCCACCUUAGCGAUCUGGUUACUCGUCUAGAUCCACGUUGGAAAAAGGGAAAGAGAGAGAGAGAAACUAAAAGUACGAAGAUUCAGCAAAUCGCUGGCUGCUUUGGGGUAACAAAAGGACCCGAGUUGCUGCCGACCGAGGACCCCCGGGAGCCGGGCUCGGAGCAGACAAGGUGCCCGGCGGCGCCCGUUUGAGGGCUUCCAACUCUUUCUCCACGUAGCCCCCUUCCCGUCCCCUCCCCUCUCGUUCCCUUUUAAAAUCCGUGACCCGGAGGCGCCUGCAGCCGCACUCGCCAGCGACUCGUCUCUCCAGCGGGUUUUUUGUUUGGCGAGUGCGAUCCUCACACUCAUGAACAUACACAGGUCUACCCCCAUCACAAUAGCAAGAUAUGGGAGAUCGCGGAACAAAACCCAGGAUUUCGAAGAGUUGUCGUCUAUAAGAUCCGCCGAACCCAGCCAGAGUUUCAGCCCGAACCUCGGCUCCCCGAGCCCGCCUGAGACUCCGAACUUGUCGCAUUGCGUUUCUUGCAUCGGGAAAUACUUAUUGUUGGAACCUCUGGAGGGAGACCACGUUUUUCGUGCCGUGCAUCUGCACAGUGGAGAGGAGCUGGUGUGCAAGGUGUUUGAUAUCAGCUGCUACCAGGAGUCCCUGGCCCCCUGCUUCUGCCUGUCUGCCCACAGCAACAUCAACCAGAUCACCGAAAUUAUCCUGGGGGAGACCAAAGCCUAUGUGUUCUUCGAGCGAAGCUAUGGGGACAUGCAUUCUUUCGUCCGCACCUGCAAGAAGCUGAGGGAGGAGGAGGCGGCCAGACUGUUCUACCAGAUCGCCUCGGCAGUGGCCCACUGCCACGACGGGGGGCUGGUGCUGCGGGAUCUCAAGCUGCGGAAAUUUAUCUUUAAGGACGAAGAGAGGACCCGGGUCAAGCUGGAGAGCCUGGAGGACGCCUACAUCCUGCGAGGGGAUGACGACUCGCUCUCCGACAAGCACGGCUGCCCGGCGUACGUCAGCCCGGAGAUCCUGAACACCAGUGGCAGCUACUCCGGCAAAGCGGCCGACGUGUGGAGCCUGGGAGUGAUGCUGUACACCAUGUUGGUCGGGCGGUACCCUUUCCAUGACAUUGAGCCCAGUUCCCUCUUCAGCAAGAUCCGGCGUGGCCAGUUCAACAUUCCAGAGACUCUGUCGCCCAAGGCCAAGUGCCUCAUCCGAAGCAUCCUGCGGCGAGAGCCCUCCGAGCGGCUGACCUCGCAGGAGAUUCUGGACCAUCCUUGGUUUUCUACAGAUUUUAGCGUCUCGAAUUCAGGAUAUGGUGCUAAGGAAGCGUCCGAUCAGCUGGUGCCGGAUGUCAACAUGGAGGAGAACUUGGACCCUUUCUUUAACUGAGCUCACGCCGCGCAGAGACUGAGCAGGUACCAGGAGCGAGAGAGGAGAGCGGAGAGGCGUUCUUCCAGGGAACACGGAUCGGUCGCCCGGCUUGGCAGCCAGAAAGACCCUGACACUCACAAGCUUCUUGGUUCAAAGAAGGAAAAUGGUCCAGGAGCUGACUGAACAUGUAGCAGGGGGUGGGGGCACGAGGGACGUGGGAUGGGGGCGGGCUCUGGGGUCCUGCCGGGUGGGCAGGCGCCCCCGGAUCUCCUCUUGCCUGGCAGAGUGACCGGAGACCACCCCUGUCGGUUGGGCUGCUUCCGCCUACCCCACUUUUCAUUUUGUUCCAAAAUAGUUGCAGAUCCUGAUAGAAUCAAAACUCUCUGCCUCAAACAUACAUCUUGGCAUCGCACUGUUAGCAUCUAACUUCUUGUCAUGAAUUCAGGGAAGGUACAAUUGGCCAAGGGUUUUUGUUUUUGUUUUUGUUUUUUUGUUUUCCUUUUGAAACAAGCCAGCCACCUAUCUAUCGGAUAAUUCAUGGGGUUCAUUUAAAAAAAAAAAUUAGGUGCACACAGACUGACAUGAAACCUGGGUGCUAAACUAAAAGAAAAUAAAAGUCCAGUUUGUGUCUCUUAAUUGCGCUCUUCAACUCAUUUCUUCUAAAGAAACUAUUUAAGAUCCUGGUCAGGAAAUGACAUGUUAAUGCUUUGUUCCCUGAAGGUGGAAAAAAAAAGUCUGUCCUUUAACCCACUAUUCUGUUUUGUGUCAGUUGGUUUCUGGCAGGAAGCUAUUAGAAGUCAAACUUCCAGAUGCAUUACUGCUGUCAUAGUUUAAAGACAGAGGGAAAAAAAGGAAGAAGAAAGGAAACGGGAAAUUCGGCUUACAUUUUUUCGGUUGUUGUUUGAACGAUGGGGGCUGCGUUACAGGCACUCUUCUUGGCUGAGGGGAGUGAUGGUGUGAGAAACCGGAAGCUCUUUGCAGUCUGAAGCUGGUACAACACUCUGAUCUCAGCUAAACACUUCGUCUUGGUUCUGUUGGAAACUAGUGAAACGAAGCAGGUUGUCCCACGUGUAUAAAAUACAGGGCAGCUUUUAAGUUUUCUGUACGGAGUAUGAUCCUUUUUGGCUUGGAAGGCCCUCUGGUUUGGACAGAAACCCUCAGCAGAGACGAAUGAAAAGGAAAAUUAAGCUGAAAGCGAGGAUGAUAUAAAUAAAAACAGCUCUCUAUCCCAAUACGCACCUUUGUAUUUUCAAGAACUCUUCUAUUUAUUAAGGAAAAUGUCACAUUGUGAUGUAUUAAGCCAGUACUUCAAUUACGGGUUGACUUGGGAUAAUAUGUUACAUGCUGUAGUUAACAUUUAUAUAUAUAUAUUUUUUUCCUUGUUUGAGUAUUCCUGUCCCUGAAAUAACCUUUUAUUUGGCUUUUCUAGCUAGCUUUAUUUGAUUUCGAGUGGCAAAUGUUGGGUUGUUUUUUUUUCUUUAUUAUUAUUAUUAUUAUUAUGGCUUUUCUAUCGCUGUAUGAUACAGAACUCUUCUGCAUCAAUGUUUGUGUUUCCAGUACCUCAGUUGUUAGGUUUUUACUGCCUGUAUGCGUUUUGUGAAACGGUCAUGUUUCUGGGUAGGUGACACGUGGACUCUAGUAUGUAAAUGUUACUUGAAUCUGUGCUUCAUUAUAGUACGUGGCAUGUCUGUGCAGACCCUGGAUGCUUUAUGCCUAUUUAGCAGGAGCCCCGCCUCGCGUUCCCAGGAGGGCGGCUUAACCGUUCGUUCACCGUCAGGAGACAAGGAGGCCAUGGAUUGGCUCUCGAUUCUAUUUUGAUGAUGGAAGAUGAAAAGGAGAGAGGAUUUUUUUUUUUUUUUUUACAUGCUGAAGAUGGUGCUGAGUCAAGAAGGACCUGUUUUUCUUCCCUCUCCCUUAUUUUUUAAGUGCCCUGUAGGAGGAAGGAUUGGUGACAUGCAUGGUGGGAAUCUGUGGCCUCUGGUGCUUUGUCCUGUAUUUGGUUUAAUGUUUUUGUCCUAAUCUCUUCAAUCAAUAAAAUUGUGCAAAUUUAACUAAA